AUGAUUCCCCCAGGAUUCUCAGAAUUCCCUCCACGAUUCCCCCCAGGAUUCCCGGGGUUCCCGGGGUUCCCGCCGCCGUCCCCCCCCUCCCCCCGUCGCCCCCCGAGGCUCCUCCCGGCCCCGCUGCUGCUCCAGCUCCCCCCGGCCCCGGGUCCCCCCCGGCUCCGCUGCCUGGCCCCACGGCGCUUCCCGGGCAGCACCUUCGAGCUUUUCCAGGGAACCCCAGAACUCCCAGUUUGGAGCGUCCCGGCCGCUCCCGACCAGCACUGGGCCGAGUUCCCGGCGGCCGGAGCCGCGCGGUGCUGGCGGUGCCGGUACCGGAGCCACAACGGCAGCGCCUGGCUGGAGUCGGAGCUGAGCCCCGAUUUGGGGGAUGCCGAGUGUCAGCGCGGUGACGGCGUCGCCACUGGAGCCGCGCCCAUGGCCGGGACCACGCGGGACGGGAACGGGAACGAGAACGGGAAUGGGAACGGUACCGGCACUGUCCUGGGAUCCCUAAGCUGCUCCUGGGGCUGGAUCCUGGGGCUGGAUCCCAGUGCUGGAUCCUGA